UUUAGCCUUUGGCCCAAUGGCUACCUUCCCCAACAGCUUAAGCUUAAGCUUAAGCAUUCACAGUCCCGACUCAAAACCAUCACCGUCGUGCAAACCCAAACUCGCACCGAAUCAAACUGGGCGCAGAGGGUCAGUCAUCUACAGCAAAAAGUCCAAGAACGAAGAUGCAUUCAAGGAGAAGAAGCAGGCUGUCGUGGACUACGACAGAGGGACCCACCAGGUUUCUGUUCAAAUCGACGGCCUCAGGAAAUCUGACUUGCCGAAACGGAACCGUUUGCGGGUCGACGGGGACGGGUUCCAGAAGGACUGGCCACUUUCUGAGGUUGUUGCCAAUAUAAUGAAGCUCAAUCACUGGGAAGAUAUUGAUGGCCUUUUAAAUCGGUGGGCCGGUCGCUUCGCCAGAAAAAAUUUCCCAGUUCUUAUAAGGGAAAUUACACAGCUUGGUUCAAUAGAGCAUAGCCUUCAUGUUUUCAAUUGGAUGAAGAACCAAAAGAACUAUUGUGCACGCAAUGACAUUUACAACAUGAUUAUCAGGUUACAUGCAAGGCAUAACCAAAUUGACCAAGCUCGCGGCUUGUUUUUUGAAAUGCAAAAGUGGAGGUAAGCCGGUGUCAUCCUGAUGCUGAAACUUACAAUGCUCUCAUCAAUGCACAUGGCCGAGCUGGCCAGUGGCGUUGGGCAAAAAAUAUCAUGGAAGACAUGCUCCGUGCAGCUAUUCCCCCAAGUCGGUCAACAUACAACACCUUGAUCAAUGCAUGUGGGUCCAGUGGAAAUUGGAGAGAGGCCUUGAAGAUUUGCAAGAAAAUGACAGAAAACGGAUGUGGGCCCGAUCUGGUGACUCAUAAUAUUGUGCUUUCUGCCUAUAAAAGCGGGGCACAGUAUGCUAAAGCACUGUCUUAUUUUGAACUAAUGAAAGGAACCAACAUCCGUCCUGACACUACAACCCUAAAUCUUGUGAUCCAUUGCCUAGCAAAGCUCGGAAAAUAUGAUCAAGCUGUUGAAAUUUUUAAUUCAAUGCGAAUGAAGAAGGCAGAAUGCAGUCCUGAUAUUGUCACAUUCACUAGCAUCAUGCAUAUGUAUUCUACUUGUGGACAGAUUGAAAACUCUGAAGCUGUUUUCAAAUCUUUGCUUGCAGAAGGCAUGGAACCAAACAUUGUCUCAUAUAACACACUAUUAGGUGCUUAUGCUGCACAUGGGAUGAGUGAAAAAGCUUUACUAAUUUUGGAUGAGAUGAAACGUCGUGGAAUUCGCCCUGAUGUUGUAUCCUACACAUCUUUACUCAAUGCUUACGGAAGAUCACAACAACCUGAGAAGGCAACAGAAAUAUUUGAAAUGAUGAAGAGAAACAACUUGAAACCAAAUUUAGUGAGUUACAAUGCACUCAUUGAUGCCUAUGGUUCUAAUGGUUUUCUUGCUAAAGCUGUACAAGUGAUGCGUGAAAUGGAGCAGAAUGGUUUGCACCCGAAUGUUGUCACGAUUGGUACUUUACUUGCUGCGUGUGGGCGAUGUGGUCAAAAGGUGAAAAUAGAUUCCAUUCUAUCAGCUGCUCAAAUGCGUGGCAUCCAGUUGAACACUGUUGCCUACAAUUCAGCUAUCGGAAGUUAUUUGAAUUUUGGGGAAUAUGAAAAGGCUUUGAAUUUAUACAGUUUGAUGAAGGACAAGAUGCUCAUGCCCGACUCUGUUACGUAUACUGUGUUGAUAAGCGGAUGCUGCAAAAUGUCAAAAUAUAGUGAGGCACUUGUGUUUCUUGAUGAAAUGAUGCAAAUGAAAAUUUGUAUGUCAAGGGAAGUAUAUUCAUCUGCAAUUUGUGCAUACAGUAAGCAGGGUCAACUUGCUAAGGCAGAAUCUAUGUUCACCAUGAUGAAAAUGGCUAGCUAUCAGCCUGAUGUCAUUGCAUAUACAACAAUGCUACAUGCUUACAGUGUUACAGACAAUCUGGAGAAGGUUUUCACUGUAUUCCAAGAAAUGGAAUCAAAUAAUGUUAUUCCGGACUCUAUUGCCUGUUCAUUUCUUAUGCGGGCCUUCAACAAAGGAUGCCAACCAGCCAGAGCUCUUAUUGUGGCAGAGUUCAUGCGAGAAAGGAGCAUCCCUUUUAUUGAUGCUGUUUUCUUUGAGAUGGUUUCUGCAUGCAGCAUAUUAAGAGACUGGGAAAUGACAAGUGAAAUUAUUAAAUUGAUGGAGGCAUCACUUCCUGGCAUCUCAGUUGGAAUUCUGAACCAGCUUCUUCUGUGUAUUGGAAAAUCCGGCAAGAUUGAAACCAUGAUGAAGUUCUACUACAAAAUAGUUGCAUCAGGUGCAGAAAUCAACUUAUCCACGUACUCAGUUUUGUUGGAGAAUCUUUUGAGUGCUGGAAAUUGGAGGAAAUACAUUGAGGUGAUGCAGUGGAUGGAGGAGGGAGGAAUCCAACCUUCAAAGGAAAUGUACCAAAACAUACUCAUCUUUGCCAAGAGGAGUGUCGGAACUGAGUAUGGUGCUGUAAUAAAAGAACGGAUACAAACUUUGAGAACAAAAUAUGGAGAGAAGACAACCAGCGCAUCAGGAUAUAUCCGUUCCUCCCACGCAUUGACUGACCUGAAAGUAUAAGCAAUUACUCAAAUAGUUGCAUCUCCCGGAGGUAGCAUGUUAGGUGGGCCGAAUGAGGAAUUAUUGAAUUUGCCACAAGCUCAAAUGCAGUCUAUGUGCAAGGACAAGUAUGGAGUUGAUCAUGGAGUAGCAUUCUUCUUGAAAGCCUUAUUAAACUUGUUUCUGCAAAGAUGUGACGAGUGCUUUCAUUGCUUAAUGUAAACGUUUUUUUUUUUAAAUUUAGAAUGUAUUUAAGCUGGAAUUGUAGCACCAUCAUAUGUAAAUAAUAUUUAUAAUUUUUGAAAGUUAAACAAAUAUCUAUAUUUUUAACAGAAGAUCACUAAUUUCGGUAGGUUCACA